AUGGACCACGAAAAGGCAAUCCCCGGCGAUGAGAAGGCUCCCGCCGCCUAUCCCACCGUCUCGAGCGAGCACGAGGCUGGCGGCGAAUGGCGUGACCAGGAGGACUUUAUGACCCGUAACGGUCUCAACCUGAAGUCUUUCCAGCGACGUCCCCAGGAUGGCAGCACCAUUGAACUCGACAAGUCGAUGAAGACUCGCCAUCUUCACAUGAUCGCCAUCGGUGGUUCCAUUGGUGCCGGUUUCUUCGUCGGUUCUGGUGGCGCUCUCAGCAGAGGCGGCCCUGCCUCUCUCCUCAUCGACUUUACCAUUAUGGGAAUCAUGAUCUUCAACGUCGUAUAUGCUCUCGGUGAACUCGCUGUCAUGUACCCCGUGUCUGGUGGUUUUUAUACCUACUCUACUCGCUUCAUUGAUCCUUCCUGGGGUUUUGCCAUGGGCUGGAACUAUGUCUUCCAAUGGGCUAUUGUCCUGCCUCUCGAACUACUCGUCGCCGGUCUAACUGUGCAGUAUUGGGAAGGUGCCAAGGGCACGAGCACUGCCGUUUUCAUCACCGUCUUCUGGGUCUUCAUCAUCUUGAUCAACGUCUUGGGAACCUUGGGAUAUGCCGAAGAAGAGUUCUGGUCUGCUUGCGUCAAACUCGGCGCCACCGUUGUUUUCAUGAUUAUUGCCUUGGUCCUGGUCCUCGGUGGAGGCCCUAGCAACGGUAUCUACUCGGAGUACUAUGGUGCUCGUAACUGGUAUGAUCCAGGUGCCUUUGCCAAUGGUUUCAAGGGUUUCUGCACCGUCUUCGUCACUGCUGCUUUUGCCUUCUCGGGAACCGAGUUGGUUGGUUUGGCUGCCGCUGAGACCAAGAACCCCCUGAAGUCUCUCCCCGGUGCUAUCCGACAGGUCUUCUGGCGAAUCACCCUAUUCUACAUCCUCGGUCUCUUCUUCGUCGGUCUUCUCGUCAAGCACACCGACAGUAAUCUGAUGGGCUCUUCCAGCGAUGCCAACACUUCCCCCUUUGUCAUUGCUGGCAAGUAUGCUGGUCUCAAGGGAUUCGACGACUUCAUGAACACUGUCAUCCUCAUUUCAGUCGUUUCCAUUGGUGUCUCCGGUGUUUACGGUGGAUCGCGUACCCUGACCGCCCUUGCUGAGCAGGGUUACGCCCCCAAGAUCUUCACCUACGUUGACCGCGCCGGUCGUCCUCUCUGGUCUGUUCUCUUCGUUCUCAUGUGGGGUCCUCUCGCCUACAUGAACUUAGCUGCCACUGGUGCUACCGUCUUCGACUGGUUCGUUGCCCUUUCCGGUCUCGCUGCUCUAUUCACCUGGGGAUCCAUCUGCUUAGCCCACAUCCGGUUCCGCAAAGCUUGGGCUUACCACGGCCAUACUCUGGAUGAGAUUCCAUUCAAGGCCGCCGGUGGUGUUAUUGGUUCAUGGAUUGGUCUUUUCAUCAUUGUUAUUGUCCUUAUGGCUCAGUUUUACACUGCCGUCUCUCCCAUUGAUCUCCCUGCUGGCAAAAAGGUUGGUACUGCUGGGGACUUCUUCCAGGCCUAUCUCGCCAUCUUCGUCGUUGCAGCUUUCUGGGUUGCUGGUUACUUCUGGAAACGUGAAGGCUGGCUCCGUACUGCCCAGAUGGACGUCGACACUGGUCGUCGUGAGCUUGACUGGGAUCUUAUUAACAGGGAGCGUGCCGAGAUUGCCACCUGGCCUGCGUGGAGGCGCUUCCUCCACCGCAUCUUCUAAGCUUUUGCACCCGGUUGCAUUCGCUCACUGUAAUGUUGUUGGGAAAGCAAUGCUUUGUUUAACGUGUCGACGAUUUAUAUCGUGCUUCUCAUGUACUAAUGCGUUUUACCACACAUUAGUCAAAACUUGUUCAAUGUCAAUAUACCCCUCA